GGAAACACAUUCACACACACUCUGGCAGCCGUCUUACUGUGUAUUAUUGUCACUCCAAAGGUUCUUUAUUUUUGACAACAUGGACGUUUCAAACAGGAGAAUUGUCAUCUUGGGAAAAACUGGAGCUGGGAAAAGCAGCCUGGCUAACACCAUAUUCGGUGAAGAACUGUUCAAGAUCGACCACAGUCUCAACUCUGGAACAAGAGAGUGUCAAGCAGAAACCAGAUCUGUCAAUGGAAGAAGCAUUACUUUGAUCGACACUCCUGGUUUCUUUGAUACAAAUCAACCCGAGGAGGAGCUGAGGCAUGAGAUAGUGAGGUGUAUCACAGAGUGCGCCCCUGGGCCUCAUGCUUUUUUCAUUGUGCUUGGAGUGGAGAGAUUCACAAAGCACGAGCGGGCUGUAAUUGACAAAAUACACCAAUACUUUUCUGAAGAAGCUCUAAAAUAUGCAACCCUUGUCUUCACUCAUGGUGACCAACUCGAUAAAGGACAGACCAUUGCGGAUUUUGUCUACAAGAAUCAGUUGGCCACCAAUCUUGUGAAUAAGUGCGGAGGCCGCUGCCACGUCAUUGAUAACAAAUACUGGAGGAACAACCAGGAUAAUUACAGGAACAACCACGUCCAGGUGGAGAAGUUACUCAAGACUAUAGACAAGACAAUGCUGGCAAAUCAAGGAAGAUGCUACACCAAUGAGGUGCUACAAGCAGUGGAGAAAGAAAUACAACAAGAGGAGCGCAUUAGACAGUCACCAGGAAAUAUGUCAGAGGAAGAGAUCAGGGAGCAGGCUAAGGGAAGGGUAUCCAAGAAGAUUUCGAUCAAACUGGCAGGUACUGCAACAGCAGCACUGUUGGGAGCUUUCUUGGGUUUUAACAUCACAGCAGCUGCAGGAGCAGCAGUCGGAGGAAAAGGAGGAAUGGCGGCAGGAGGUUUAUUAGGAUGUCAUGCCACUGAGGGAGCAAACACACCAUGCAAAGCAGUCGCAGUGGCAGCAGGGGCUGUCUGUAAAAGAGAACCUGAUGAUUUGGGGGGACUAUCACAGCCAAAGUUAAAAAGGAGCAAAAAAACUUAGAAUGCACUAUAACUCAAGAGGGGUCACGAAAAAACAAUAAGGAAUAGAACAGUUUUAUUGGGACCAUCCACAACUUCUGAUUAUGAAAACGCAAAAACAACUGUUCUGAUUUUAAAAUGUGAGCAAAUUGGCUUGAUUUCUUUCAAAAACAUGGAAAGAAGGCAAUGAGUAACAAAAGGAGAAGCGACCAAAAAAUUAGCAACAGUAGUGGUAAAAAGUAACACAUAUUAACUUGGAAAUUACUUUAAAUAAAUAAAUCAAUAAAUAUAGGAAAUUGCCUGGAAAAAGGAAUUAAAAAUGAUAAUUCUACAUCAUUUUAAAUAUGGAAUUAUGAGCUGGAGUAUGAACUGAUCUGAAUUAUUAGCUCUAUUUAUGGUAUUUCCCAGGAUUUAAAAAAAAUAAAUAAAUAAAUAAAUAAA